GAAGCGUUCCCGGAAACGGCUGUGGAUCCGAAUGGCGAUUCCAAGACUUCCAAAUAAACCCGUAAUAUGAGCGACUGGAAACCAUAUCUUGACAUGAAGGAGCAGGUCAAGGCUGUUCAGCCUCUCCAAAACAUAACAAUGAAGUGACAUUGUGAAGAAGAAGAAGAAGAAGAUCUGUGACUGGAGCUGUGCAGACCUACAUUACCCAGCCACCUGAAAGUUAACCGCGGUCUGCCAUGUUUGUGACUGCAUAUCUUGCGUUUGUGGCCCUGGUGGUCCUGUGCGUGUGUCUGGAACUCGCAGCACGACGCAUCGCUUCUCCACAGUCCACUCAGACAACUGUCGCCAACCCGUCCUUCCUCUCGUUCCAGAAGCUCUUCUUAAAAACAUACCUGCUGGCUCUAUGGGCCGACUGGCUGCAGGGGCCCUACCUUUACAAGCUCUAUCAGCAUUACAGCUUCCUGGAGUCCCAAAUUGCCAUCUUAUAUGUCUGCGGUCUGGCCUCGUGUGUGCUGUUUGCCCCCGUGGCUGGCUGGUUGCCGCAGGUUCUGGGUCGAAGGCAGUUGUGCCUCCUUUUCUGUGUGUCCUACUCUGUGUGCUGCCUCACCAAAUUGUCUCGGGACUAUUUUGUGCUCAUUCUGGGUCGUGUCCUGGGUGGACUCUCCACUUCACUUCUCAGUACGGCCUUCGAGGCCUGGUACGUGCACUGCCAUGUUGACAUGCAUGAUUUUCCCAAAGAAUGGAUCCCUUUGACAUUUGGAAAAGCUGCAGACUGGAAUCACGGGCUGGCUGUGGGCGCUGGGCUUGUUGCAAACCUUUUAGCAGAAUGGUUGGAGCUGGGACCGGUAGCUCCCUUUCUGCUUGCCAUACCAAGCCUAGUGGCUUGUGGUUGGAUGGUAUUUUUCGAUUGGGGUAAUGAGGAAAAACUGGAACGAGGAGCUCAAAAAGACAGAAGCAGUGCUCAUCCUGGCCUACAAAGUGCUCCUCAGACUCGAUUUCGGCGGGCCUGUCUGGAAGGUGUGCGCUUUCUGUUCUCAGAACGUCGAGUAGUACUCUUGGGUGGUGUGCAGGCCCUUUUUGAGAGUGUACUUUACGUUUUCAUAUUUCUGUGGACACCCGUGUUGGAGCCACAGGGCCCACCUCUUGGCAUCGUCUUCUCUUGCCUUAUGGCAGCCAGCAUGGCAGGAUCAACACUGUUCCGGCUGGCCACAUCAGCCCGCUACCGGCUUCAGCCGGCCCACCUGCUGGGCUUGGCCACACUUCUUGCCUUCUUCUCCUUCUUUAUGCUGACAUUUUCCACGGCACCAGGCCAGCCAAAGCCUAGGGAAUCAUUCCUGGCCUUCCUGUUGCUGGAAUUGGCCUGUGGCUUCUACUUUCCCGCCGUAAGUUUCCUGCAAGGCCGCGUGAUCCCUGUGGAACGACGGGCUGCAGUCUUGGCCUGCUUUCGUCUGCCUCUCAACCUGCUGGCAUGCUUGGCCUUGCUGGCGCUACAUGGUGAGGUGUCAGGGGCUGGUGCAGGUGAGGCAGGUAGCGGCACCAGGCACAUGUUCGCCGGCUGUGCCGGAAUGAUGCUGGCAGCCUUGCUGGCCGCUGUGAGCCUCUUCACUUUGGGGAAGAAUGAUGCAGACCUGCGACUAGACGGGACCAAAGGAGAGGGUGAGAUUUAAUCAGGACGAUGAGAGGAUUUCCGGUUCAUCAAGUUUAGUAGUCAAGACACCAUGCUGUAUACAUGUUUAAACUAUAUUUACAACAAAACCUUUCAAAUAAAGUACUUUUGUCAAAUGGC